UUGAGGUGAAAACUUGCAAUUUGUGUCUGCUAGUUCCUCAAAUGAGCAGAGGAGGAGGGGACGGAGGAUCAUAUCCGGGGUUGGUUUUAUUCUAAUAACGAAACGUGCAACCCGGAAAGAAGAACGAAGCAGAAGACGCCUGUUGCGUUAUCCGCUCACAAGAACAAAUAGGCAGGGCGGGCUCGGGGCUCUGGUACUGACCGAAAAGUUGUUUUGGAACAAGUCGGCUUUCGUCAUGUUGUUCCGCUGUCUCAAGUGUGCCUAGUAGCCGACCUGGACGCUGGUUUCGUUGUUGGGACAAGACACUGCGAGGCGGGUUGCAAUUCACGCCCCAGACCACAGGGUGGCGAGUGAGCAUAUGGUGAAAAAACAGGGACUGCACAAGCGGGCAUGCAAUUCAAGUCCAUGUGCACCAGGAGGAAGGUGUAAGACUCCGUUCAGGCCACAGCAGUGAUAUGUGAUAGCGGCAGCAUGCCGUACGUGGACCGUCUGAACCGCGUGUGUGGCUUCCUGGACAUUGAAGAGAAAGAGAACAGCAGCCGUUUCCAGAGGCGUUACUUCAUCCUGGACACACAGGGGAAUGCUUUGCUGUGGUACAUGGACAACCCUCAGAACCUGCCCAGUGGAGCAAGUUUUGUUGGCAGCCUAAGACUAACAUACAUUUCGAAGGUAAAUGAAGCUACAGGGAAGCAGAAGCCAAAGACAGAGUUCUGCUUUGUCAUCAACGCAGUAUCCCGAAGGUACUUCCUCCAAGCCAAUGAUGUGACAGACAUGAGGGACUGGGUCACUGCUCUCAACCAGGCUAGCAAAAUUACUGUCCCCAAGUCUGGUCCUGCACCUCCAAGAUCUGAUGUGGCCGCAUUUAUCAGUGACAUUUAUGGAGGGGGGAAGCAGCAGGCAUACAAAACUGAGAUCCACGGGGGUGUAGUGGUGCACACUCCCAUUCUGAAUGAGGGCAACAAGCCUGGUGUGCUGCGGUUCGGCUACUGUGUCAAACAAGGCAACGUUAGAAAAAGCUGGAAGAGACGCUUUUUUACCCUCGAUAACAAUGCAGUCAGUUACUACAAGUCUGAGAUGGACAAAGAGCCUCUGCGAGCCAUUCCCCUCAGGGACAUUCAGAAAGUUCAUGAAUGCCUCGUCAAGUCGGGAGAGCUCCUGCAGAGAGACAAUCUGUUUGAGAUCAUCACCGGAUCCCGAACAUUCUACAUACAAACUGACUCUCCAGAGGAUAUGCAUGGCUGGAUCAGGGACAUCGAGAUGAAGAUUCAAGACUUUCGAGGUCCUACCAAGGGAUUUUCAUUCAAACGAGGUUCAUCUCUCUAUCGAAGUCACAACGCUUCUGCAAGUCGAAGUUAUCAGACCGUCGAAAAGCGGCCUACUCUCGUCAAAUCGUGCUCUAUUGCACCGGGUUGGCAGCCGUGGACACCUAUCCCUGCAAAUGAGGCCUCUAUUUUGGAUGCGGAGGACAAUGACAGUGCUUUUAGCCCUGUUCCUACAAUGGCCUCGCUGUCUUCCUCUCCUAACUCUUCCUCCACGUCUUCCUCCUCCAACUCUCUCUCAACCCUAGCCUCUUACCCCAGCGUGCCCAGUAGUGGAUUGGGCAUCCUCACGGCCUCAGGAGACGUGGCAUGCGGGCGUCGGAGGCAUCGCUCGCAGCCUCAGCCUCACACGGGCUGCAUGUUCCCAUUCAGCUUGGAUGAUGACAACAUUCGUACCACUGAUGUCUAGAUUCCGUGGUUCUUGUUACCUAUUUUGACAUGAAUGUGACUGGUUCUUGUUGUAUUCCUAACCUCUACUAAUAAUGUCACCCUGUGUCAAUGUCACGACAAGCGACGAGCGCCCCCAGAUGAUCAUAUUACAGAUGACGUGGGGACCAAAGUACAGUUGUGGUCAAAAGUUUACAUACACUUGUGGAGAACAUAAUAUCAUGGCUCUCUUGAGUUUCCAGUUAUUUCUACAUCUCUGAUUUUUCUCUGAUAGAGUGAUUGGACCAGAUACUUUGUCACAAAAAACAUUCAUGAAGUUUGGUUCUUUUAUGACUUUAUUAUGGGUGAAAAGAAAAAAGUGAUCAAAUCUGCUGGGUCAAAAAUAUACAUACAGCAGCGGUAAUAUUUGGUAACAUGUCCCUUGGCCAUUUUCACUUCAAUUAGGCGCUUUUGGUAGCCAUCCACAAGCUUCUGGCAAGCUUCUGGUUGAAUCUUUGACCACUCCUCUUGACAGAAUUGGUGCAGUUCAGUUAAAUUUGAUGGCUUUCUGACAUGGACUUGUUUCUUUAGCAUUUUCCACAAGUUCUCAAUGGGGUUUAAGUCAGGACUUUGGGAAGACCAUUCGAAAACCUUAAUUCUAGCCUGAUUUAGCCAUUCCAUUACCAUUUUUGAUGUGUGUUUGGGGUCAUUGUCAUGUUGGAACACCCAACUGCGCCCAAGACCCAAUCUUUGGGCUGAUGACGUUAGGUUAUCUUGAAGAAUUUUAAGGUAAUCCUCCUCCUUCAUUAUCCCAUUUACUCUCUGUAAAGCACCAGUUCCAUUGGCAGCAAAACAGCCCCACAGCAUAGUGCUGCCACCACUGUGCUUGACGGUAGGCAUGGUGUACUUAGGGUUAAAGGCCUCACCUUUUCUCCUCCAAACAUAUUGCUGGGCAUUGUGGCCAAACAGCUCGAUUUUUGUUUCGUCUGACCACAGAACUUUCCUCCAGAAGGUCUUAUCUUUUUCCAUGUGAUCAGCAGCAAACUUCAGUCGAGCCUUAAGGUGCCGCUUUUGGAGCAAGGGCUUCCUUCUUGCGCGGCAGCCUCUCAGUCCAUGGAGAUGCAAAACACACUUGACUGUGGACACUGACACCUGUGUUCCAGCAGCUUCUAAUUCUUGGCAGAUCUGCUUUUUGGUGAUUCUCGGUUGAAUUUUCACCCUCCUGACCAAUUUUCUCUCAGCAGCAGGUGAUAGCUUGCAUUUUCUUCCUGAUCGUGGCAGUGACAAAACAGUGCCAUGCACUUUAUACUUACAAACAAUUGUUUGCACUGUUGCUCUUGGGACCUGCGGCUGCUUUUGAAAUGGCUCCAAGUGACUUUCCUGACUUGUUCAAGUCAAUGAUUCGCUUUUUCAGAUCCAUGUAUGUAUAUUUUUGACCCAGCAGAUCUGAUCACUUUGUCUGUUAACCCAUAAUAAAGUCAUAAAAGAACCAAACUUCAUGAAUGUUUUUGUGACAAAGAAAUAUCUGUUCC